AUGGAGGUGGACGCCGAGGAGAAGCGGCAUCGCACGCGGUCCAAAGGGGUCCGAGUUCCUGUGGAGCCGGCCAUCCAGGAGCUGUUCAGCUGUCCCACCCCCGGCUGUGAUGGCAGCGGCCACGUCAGCGGAAAGUACGCGCGACACAGGAGCGUGUAUGGUUGUCCCUUGGCUAAAAAAAGAAAAACCCAAGACAAACAGCCCCAAGAGCCGGCUCCCAAGCGGAAACCGUUCGCGGUGAAGGCGGACAGCUCGUCGGUGGACGAGUGUUACGACAGCGACGGCUCGGAGGACGUGGACGAGAAGGAGGAGGACGAGGACGGGGAGGACGAGUCGGACGAGGACGGGGAGCAGAGGGAGGACGCGGAGGAGGACGAGGACGGGGACCGCGAGGACGAGGAGGAGAUGGACGAGGACGACGAGGACGAGGAGGACCGCGAGGACGAGGAGGAGGACGAGGAGGACGAGGACGAGGAGGAGGACGAGGAGGACGACGAGGACGACGAAGAGCGCCAGCUGGGCUGUCACGGCGCGCGCGCGCUGCAGGACGCGGAGAAGGACGACAACAACGACGAGGAGUACGACAACUACGACGAGCUGGUGGCCAAGUCGCUGCUGAACCUCGGCAAGAUCGCGGAGGACGCGGCGUACCGCGCGCGCACCGAGUCCGAGAUGAACAGCAGCACGUCCCACAGCCUGGAGGACGACGGCGACAAGACGGAGGCGCCCGGCCGCAAGGGCGAGCUCAGCCUGGACCUCGACAGCGACGUGGUCAGGGAGACGGUGGACUCGCUGAAGCUGCUGGCCCAGGGCCACGGCGCCGUGCUGGGGGACCACCCCGGCGACCGCGCCUACGCGGACGCGCCGGCGCCGCCCGACGGCCGGACCUUGAGCUACGGGGUGCUGGGCAAGCCGGCCAACAACGGGCUGGCGGACAAGCUGGUGGAGGAGAGCGAUGAGGAGGUGUGUCUGAGCAGCCUGGAGUGUCUGCGCAACCAGUGCUUCGACCUGGCGCGCAAGCUGAGCGAAGGCAGCCCGCAGGAGCGGCCGCCGCCGCCCGGCGCCGGCCCGCGCGCGCACGGCCGCCCGGAAGACGACUUCCCGGGCCGGACGCCGGACCGCAGCUACUCGGACAUGGUGAACCUGAUGCGGCUGGAGGAGCAGCUGAGCCCCCGGCCCAGAACGUUUUCCAGCUGUGCCAAGGAGGACGGCGGGUACCGCGAGCGCGACGAGGACGCCGCCUCCGUGACCUCCGACCGGUCGGAGGAGGUGUUUGACAUGACCAAGGGCAACCUGACCCUCCUGGAGAAAGCCAUCGCCCUGGAGACCGAGAGGGCCAAGGCCAUGAGGGAGAAGAUGGCGCUGGAGGCAGGCCGGAGGGACAGUCUGCGGUCCUUCGAGGACCAGUCCCCGCGGCCGCUCCCCGGGGAGGAGAGGAAGCCCAAGUCCGCGGACAGCCAUGUCAAAAAGCCAUACUAUGGUAAAGAUCCCUCGAGAGCAGAAAAGAAAGAGAGCAAGUGCCCCACCCCCGGGUGUGAUGGAACGGGCCACGUAACCGGGCUUUAUCCGCAUCACCGCAGUCUGUCCGGAUGCCCGCACAAAGAUAGGGUCCCUCCAGAAAUUCUUGCCAUGCAUGAGAAUGUUCUCAAGUGUCCUACUCCAGGCUGCACGGGGCGAGGGCAUGUAAAUAGCAACAGGAACUCGCACAGAAGCCUUUCCGGAUGCCCUAUUGCUGCAGCAGAGAAACUGGCAAAGGCCCAGGAAAAGCACCAGAGCUGUGACGUGUCCAAGUCCAACCAGGCCUCCGACCGAGUGCUCAGGCCCAUGUGCUUUGUAAAGCAGCUGGAGAUCCCACACUACGGCUACAGAAACAACGUGCCCACCACCACGCCUCGCUCCAACUUGGCCAAAGAGCUGGAGAAAUACUCCAAGACGUCGUUUGACUACAGCACAUACGACAGCCAGACUUACGGCAAGCGGGCCAUAGCUCCCAAGGUGCAAACCAGGGACAUAUCCCCCAAAGGAUUCGAUGCGAAGCGGUACUGCAAGGACGCCAGCCCCAGCAGCAGCACCACCAGCACCUACGCGCCCAGCAGCAGCAGCAACUUGAGCUGCGGCGGCGGCAGCAGCGCCAGCAGCACGUGCAGCAAGAGCAGCUUCGACUACACGCACGACGUGGAGGCCGCGCACAUGGCGGCCGCGGCCAUCCUCAACCUGUCCACGCGCUGCCGCGAGAUGCCGCAGAACCUGUCCACCAAGCCGCAGGACCUGUGCGCCGCGAGGAACCCUGACAUGGAGGUGGAUGAGAACGGGACCCUGGACCUGAGCAUGAACAAACAGCGGCCGCGGGAAGGAUGCUGCCCGAUCCUGACGCCCCUGGAGCCCAUGUCCCCCCAGCAGGCAGUGGUGAGCAGCCGGUGCUUCCAGCUGAGUGAGGGGGACUGCUGGGACCUGCCCGUGGACUACACCAAGAUGAAGCCCCGCAGGAUGGACGGGGACGAGGCCAAAGAGCUCACCCCAGAAGACUUGGACCCCUUCCAGGAGGCCCUCGAAGAAAGAAGGUACCCAGGGGAGGUGACCAUCCCGAGCCCCAAGCCCAAGUACCCCCAGUGCAAGGAGAGCAAGAAGGACCUGAUAACUCUGUCGGGCUGCCCGCUGGCUGACAAAAGCAUUCGAAGUAUGCUGGCCACCAGCUCACAAGAACUCAAGUGCCCCACGCCUGGCUGCGACGGCUCCGGGCACAUCACCGGCAACUACGCUUCCCACCGAAGCCUUUCAGGUUGCCCGAGAGCCAAGAAGAGCGGCAUCAGGAUAGCACAGAGCAAAGAGGACAAGGAGGACCCGGAGCCCAUCAGGUGCCCGGUGCCCGGCUGUGAUGGGCAGGGCCACAUCACCGGCAAGUACGCCUCGCACCGCAGCGCGUCCGGGUGUCCGCUGGCGGCCAAGAGGCAGAAGGACGGCUACCUCAACGGCUCCCAGUUCUCCUGGAAGUCGGUCAAGACGGAGGGCAUGUCUUGCCCCACGCCUGGCUGCGACGGCUCGGGGCACGUCAGCGGCAGCUUCCUCACACACCGCAGCUUGUCGGGAUGCCCGCGGGCCACGUCCGCCAUGAAGAAGGCGAAGUUGUCGGGAGAGCAAAUGCUGACCAUCCGGCAGCGAGCCAGCAAUGGCAUAGAGAACGCCGAGGACAUCAGGCAGCUGGACGAGGAGAUCAAGGAGCUGAGCGAGUCCAACUCCCAGAUGGAGGCCGACAUGAUCAAGCUCAGGACUCAGAUCACCACCAUGGAGUCCAGCCUCAAGACCAUUGAGGAGGAAAACAAGGUGAUCGAGCAGCAGAAUGAGUCGCUCCUCCACGAGCUCGCCAACCUCAGCCAGUCUCUGAUCCACAGCCUCGCCAACAUCCAGCUGCCGCACAUGGAUCCAAUCAAUGAACAAAAUUUUGAUGCAUACGUGACUACUUUGACGGACAUGUAUACAAAUCAAGACCGUUAUCAGAGCCCAGAAAAUAAAGCUCUACUGGAAAAUAUAAAGCAGGCUGUGAGAGGAAUUCAGGUCUGA